AUGGCUGACUUCAACAGCGACAAGAUUCUGAACUUGAUUGUGAUCACUGAUCAAUCAUACCGAGCAACUCAUACGGUUGACUACACACCAUCAAUAAUCAUCGCAGAUGACUUUAAUAAUGAUAAAAUAUUAGAUCUCGCCGUUACUUCUCAAACCGAUGGAGCAGCAAGCAUUGUAUUGGGGAUCGAUGACGGCUCCUUCCGGUCUGGCACAUCUUUAUAUGUUGGCAGCUAUCCAACAUGUAUCAUCUCAACAGCGAUGGAAAGAAGGGCAUCGCAGUGGCCAAUCAGAAAGGGAACAGCUGACUUCAACGUGGAUGCAAAAAUCGACUUCGCAGUGACUUACCAUUCGUCUUCUAAUGUCUCGUUGCUUCUAGUUAACGAAAAUGGCACUCUUCGCGAUGAAGUCAGUAUUGCACUUGAUACACAGCCAGUGUCUUUCAUUACAACUGACUUGAACAGCGAUAACAAAGCUGAACUUCUGUUUGUCAAUCAGAAAAACAACUCGCUCAGCAUCUAUGCAGGUUAUGGAAACGGCGCUUUCUAUAAGUGGACAAUAUUUACAUCGAGUCGAUCGGUGACUGCAGUUGUGGUAGCUGAUUUCGAGAAGGACGGUCGGAUUGAUCUGACAAUUACAAGCAGUGGUCGUAAUGUAUUGAGUGUGAUGUUUAGAGAUGACAAUGAAGCAUUCUCUGUACAGCUGAACAGGACUGUCGGUCGAUAUCCUAGUGCUAUCACUGCAGUUGAUUUAGGUAAAGACAUCAAAUUAGAUUUAGUAGUAAUCAAUAGAAGUGACAAUACGAUGAGAGUAUGGAUGAAUUACGGAGGUCACAAUUUUUUCAUUCAAAACAAAGUACUCAACAGGAAUCAUACUUAA